CAUAGACUCAGACUCACAGGGAAAAACCAAAACUUGCUUGCUUCGUUCCUAGCCAUCCUUUCUCUCUCAAUCAGAAAAUGGCUACUUCUGAAACUCAUCACUGCAUCGUCUUCUUCCUCCUCCUCCUCCUCCUCCUCCCAGCAAUGGCUUCCUGUGACUGCACAUGCGAUGCUGCCGAACAAAACGCCACUAAAAGCGACAACCCAAGCCAAACUCUAAAAUUCAAAGUCGUCUCCAUUGCUUCCGUCCUCGUCGCUGGAGCUCUUGGGGUUAGCCUCCCAUUACUGAGCCGGAAAGUCCCAUUUCUGAAUCCCCAGAACGACGUGUUCUUCAUGGUCAAAGCUUUCGCCGCCGGCGUUAUUCUAUCAACCGGCUUCGUCCAUAUCCUCCCAGACGCUUUCGAGACUCUCACUUCGCCCUGCUUGGACAAGGACGGCCCGUGGUCGAAAUUCCCGUUCGCCGGCCUCAUCGCCAUGGCGGCUUCGGUGGCGACGUUAAUGGUGGAUUCGCUCGCCACAGGUUACUAUGAGAAGCAACACUUCAAUAACAACACAAAGCAGGUUUCUGCAGAUCAUGAAUUAGAAGCAGGAAGUGAACAUGAUGGUCAUGUUCAUAUGCACACUCAUUCCACACAUGGUCAUGCUCAUGGAUCAGCUCAUCAUCAUGAUGUUGAGCUGAUGAUAACAUCAAAUGAAGUGAUCCGACACCGUAUCAUAUCACAGGUGUUGGAGUUGGGAAUAGUGGUUCAUUCAGUGAUCAUUGGGAUAUCGUUGGGAGCUGCACAGAGCCUUGAAACUAUAAAGCCUCUUCUAGUGGCUCUUUCCUUUCAUCAGUUUUUUGAGGGCAUGGGUCUUGGUGGCUGCAUAUCUCAGGCGAAAUUCAAGUCGACAUCGACGGCGAUAAUGACAAUAUUUUUCUCACUAACAACGCCGAUAGGGAUAGCGAUAGGAGUGGGGAUAUCGGGCAUGAACAGAGAAGAUGGCCCAAGAGGACUAAUAGUAGAAGGAGUGUUCAACUCAGCAUCAGCAGGAAUUUUGAUAUACAUGGCUUUGGUUGAUCUUCUUGCUGCUGAUUUCAUGAACCCUAAGCUUCAUUCCAACUUCAAGAUCCACCUUGGAGCUCAUCUCUCUCUUCUUCUUGGCAUUGCUUCCAUGUCCUUGCUGGCCAUCUGGGCUUGAAAUGAAAAAGAAAAAAAUAUUAAUCACCAACAAAAUAAUUACAAGUUUUUUUCCACCUCUUUUAGGGACAUUUUGAGAAAACUAAUUCAUGUACUUUUUGUUUUGUUAAAUUUGAGUCUUUUACAAGUAAUAAUGUUCUUUUUAAGAUCAAUGCUUUGGAUCA